AUCCUUUGCUGUCUCGAAUCCAAAAUAAAAACUAAUCAAGUCAAAGUGUCUCCUUCUUCACGUCUUCUCCUUCCUCCUACUUUCCUUCCUCAUCGGAGAAGAAGAAGAAGACUUCACUGAUUCUCUCUCCAUGGAUUCGAGAGCUAUCCUUGAUUCCGCUUUGUUUCAACUCACUCCUACUCGUACCAGAUUUGAUCUGGUGCUGUUCUGUGGGAGUAAGAAGGAGAAGUUGGCAUCUGGGAUAUUCGAACCGUUCAUCUCCCAUCUUAAGUUCGCAAGAGAUCAAAUCUCCAAAGGCGGUUACUCAAUUUCUCUUCAUCCUCCCACUUCUCACUCUUCUUGGUUCACCAAAUCCACUUUUGAUCGGUUUGUGAGAUUCGUGAACACGCCUGCGAUUAUAGAGAGAUUCGCGACUUUGGAGAAAGAGAUCUUGCAGAUUGAACAUUCUAUUCAAGCUAAUGAGAUCGCAAAUGCUGAGCAAUUAUUACAAGAUGGGAGUAAUGUGAGAAAGUCAAAUGAGUCCUCCGAGGAGUCUGAGAAUGGCAACGCAGGAGAGGAAACAUCCAAGAUUCAGCUUCAACGCCUUCUUGAAACCCGAAGAACAUUGCUUCGGAGAGAGCAAGCAAUGGCUUAUGCCCGAGGUGUUGUUGCUGGUUAUGAGAUUGAUACUGUUGAUGAUCUCAUACUAUUCGCUGAUGCUUUUGGUGCGUCAAGGUUAAGGGAAGCAUGCGUAAAGUACAAGGAACUAUGGAAGAAAAAGCAUGGAGACGGGCUUUGGAUGGCGGAAUUAGCAGCUGUCAAAGCAAUUGCACCUGAAGACAUGUCGUUACUAGGUUCCUCAGGGAUUAUCCUCACCAAUGAAGCUGCUGCUGCUCCUCUUCCACUAAACGGGACACACUCCAGCUCCGAAAACAAAGACCAACAAGCCUCUGCUGUUCCAAACUUUCAGCCACCGAUGGGAUGGCCGAACCAUAUACCUCAGUACUACUACCCGCCUCCGUACGAAGGCUAUCCUUACCCUAUGAUGCCAGGACAAAACCAAGGAAACAUGCCAUGGCCUUCAAAGGGCAAAGCUUCCAAGAAGAAAGCAGAUUCUGAUUCUGAUGGAGACGAGUCUAGUGGGUCCACUGAAUCUGACUCGGCAAGUGAUGAUGACUCUGCUUCGUCUUUGGAGGACCAAGGUAAAAGACACUCUCACACCAGUAAGAAGAACUCUCGUCGGUCGUCCAAGAAAAACCGGAAGAAGUCAUCUAAGACUGUUAUCAUCCGUAACAUUAACUACAUAACCCCCGAGGGAAGAAACGGAGACAUGGAGGGAAGUGAGUUUACUGAGAACGGCUCCAUCAAAGACACUGUAGAUACUGCUGUCGGAUUCCUCAAGGAAAAUAGAGCUUACGAGAGUGAUGAAAUCCUGAAAAGUUCAGCUGAAGGCAAUGAGAAUUGGGAUUCUUUUCAGAAUAUUUUGAUGAGGCACGACGAUGAUGAGCAUUUCACACACAGAGGCUCCAAAGGUUUGGAAGACAAUAACAACGCCUCUGGUGAUUCCGUCGUUUUAACUCAGAAACACAUAGAAAACGGAGGAGGCGGAGCGAGGAGAUUUGAUCAGUUUGAAAGCGAGGAGAGUGCUCGUAGGGUUUCAAGAACGAGAGAUUCAACAGAAGAGUGUAUGUUAUUGCCAAAAAGAUCAGAGAUGCUAGGAGAUGACGAGAGCAAAGACUUGUAUAAUGCUGCUACAAGGGGUGGCUCACUGGUGAAGAAGUCAGGGAGUGGAGAGGAUUGGUUUGCUACAUCUGAUCAACGUGGAGUGAAACCGGAAAGCAACUACGGGAGCAUGUCGUUUGAUGAAAGCUGCAUUAUGAUGACAUCUGGAGGUUCUGAUCAGAGCAAGAAACAGGAGUUCGUUGAUGAUUCCUUCAUGGUCCGUUCAUCGUCGCUUGCUGGUGAUGAUGUUUAUGAUUCUCGGUGGAGACCAGACAUGUCUGCUGAUAUUGACAUCGAUAACGGUCAGGCGAAUGAGAAGCGUGAAGUGUCUAGCUCAUGGGAACCAAAUGACCUCUGUAUGAUUCCUGAACGCAACUCGGGAGAGUUUUUGGGGAAUGAUCACUCCAUUGACUUCUCUGUUGAAGCGAACGCAAGGCUAACCAGUAACGGAACAGCUCAGGAGAAAGAAGAUAAGACCGUGUCGAGCGGCGAGAAGAAGACCAAUGGGAAGAACCCGGAAGCUCGUAAGUCUAGAACUCCAGUUAGAACCAGAGGUGAAGCCAUGUCCAAGAGUGUAAAGAAACCGGUUGCAGCUAGCAGAACCAUGGCACAGAAGAACAAGUUCGAAAAGGAAGAAGAGAUGAGGAAGAGAAUAGAGAAUCUUGUUUUGGAAAGGCAGAGAAGAAUCGCUGAGAGAUCAGCCUCCACUGCUUCUCGAAAAGCUUCGAACCGACCUCCUUCGGUUCGUGAAAGGACCACAUAAGACGGUCCAGUAAAGACGGUUGAUUCAGUUAAAACCGUUGGGAACAAAACUGGAUGUUUUGCUGCGCCAAAUUAGGUGCACUUCAAUUUUUUUUUUAAUACAUUCCUAAAUAAGGUGAUGGUGAUACUCCCUUCAUUUUGCUUGUGUCACGAUUAUUUAUUUAUUAAUUUGUUUUUCUGAAUAUUGGUUUGUAAUUAUAUAUUUGUAAUUUGGAUUAGAGGUGCUCCA